CUCAGGUCUGGAAGGACGGCCCACUCUCUCCGUUGUUUUUCUUUUCAGCUUUUGGAAGGCUCUGUAGGUCGCGGAGCUGGCUAAGUCACUUUCCUGCGACUGAUAUAUUUGUUUCCGGCCCAUGGAGCCCGGCUGGGCGGCGAGGCUGUCCGCGCCCCGUGCUGGCACCCCUGCCGCCAUGUCGGACACGGACAGCGACGAGGACUCAGCAGGAGGAGGCCCGUUUUCUUUAACCGGCUUCCUGUUCGGCAACAUCAACGGAGCAGGGCAGCUGGAGGGCGAAAGCGUCCUGGAUGAUGAGUGUAAGAAACAUCUUGCAGGCUUGGGGGCUUUGGGUCUGGGCAGCUUGAUCACUGAACUCACGGCGAAUGAAGAAUUGUCUGGGACUGAUGGUGCCUUGCUAAAUGAUGAAGGCUGGAUUAGAAGUAGAGAAGAUGCAGUGGACUAUUCAGACAUCAGCGAGGUGGCAGAAGAUGAAAGCCGAAGAUAUCAGCAGACAAUGGGGAGCUUGCAACCCCUUUGCCGAGAUUAUGAUGAAGAUGACUAUGAUGCUGAUUGUGAAGAUAUUGAUUGCAAGUUGAUGCCUCCCCCACCUCCACGCCUAGGACCACCAAAGAAAGAUAAAGACCAAGAUGGUGUUACUGAUG